AUGGCAUCAAUUAGCAUUCCUGGCGAAAGGGAUGCUGUCUGGUAUUGGACCUUGGUAGUCUUAAUAGGUAUAACUACAGUGUUCGGUAAUACACUUGUUAUAUAUCUGAUCAUUAAACGACCAUCUCUUCAUGUGACAGCCAAUUGGUUCAUCCUUUCCCUUUCAUUCGCGGAUUUGUUGGUUGGUCUUGUGGUAAUACCUACAUAUAUUAUCCACACAUUCUGGAUACCUCUAAACAUUCAUGCACUAAUAACAUUCUACAAUCUGGUUCUUUACGUCUCAGUUGGAAACCUGUGUGUUAUGACUGGCGAUAGAUACCUCGCUAUCACCAGACCUCUAAGAUACUGCAUCGUGAUGACUCGUUCUAAAGUCGUGACAAUGAUAUCUAUUUCGUGGAUAAUACCAACAUUUAUUUCCCUUUUGCCCAGUUUGUUGUGGGAAAAGUCGCUUGUUAACAGCAGAGACAAAGCAAAAAGAGUAUACACGGGAGUUGUGAUACUCCUCCUUGAAAUAACACCUUGUUUCAUGAUGGUUCUCGUAUACUGCCAUCUGUAUGUGAUAACGCGAGCGCAUUCCCGCCGAAUAGCAGCGCAAGAAAGUGUUGAACAAAGAUAUUGUGACCGUAUAGUUCCAAAGAAAAGGCGGCAAAGAAGAAGAGAAAGAUCCAAUCUCAAAGUUUUUGCUUCAGUGGUCUUGUUGUUCAUCUUCUGUUGGCUUCUAUCAGCGUACCGUGGAUUUUGCGACGUGUUCGGAUUGUGUACAGUUACAAUCAAGAUUGUUCGCAUUUCCAGGAUUUUGAUUUUCUUAAAUUCUGCUGUAAAUGUCAUAGUAUAUUCAUUCGUUAAGCGGGAUAUAAGAGUCGAGUUAAAGCGAUUGUUUGGACGUCGUUCAAGCCAUGAAUCACUUGACUUUGGCUUGUGUCAAGUGAAGCAGUCAGCAUUUGCUACAACAGUGCUUGAGAUUGGAAUAGUCACACCUCCUUCGUACGUUCGAACAUGACUUUGUUAAAGAUGACGCUUUGGCCGUUUAUCGAUAUUCCUCGAUCUUUACAAUUUAUGUCACGAAUCUUACUAAAAGUAUUAUCUGAAGUUUCUGCGGGGGACUUUUUGGUUGUUUGAAAGUAAAGUUGCUUUGGGUCUCGGGUUUCUUGAUAUUUUUGUCAAGGUUGGUGAGUAGCUGUUGCGUACCGAUCCGGCGUUUUCCCAAAUUACUAAGUAACGUACCUGGUGCAGAACUGGAAAUAGGGCACUGCAGCAAAAUUGUUAUAAUUAACAUCUAUCAUAUGACUAAGGCAUUUUUAGUUCUGUAAUUGGUCUCUAUACGGACAGAAAAAAAAGAAAACGCUUCCUUCUGAACAUUAAUUUUCUGUCGCCCCAAUUGCGUCAAUCUCGUGCGCCAAAAACACUAUCCAUUAAAAAGGUAGCUGUAGUUUUUCAACUUGUAAACCCCCUAUAAAAUUGUUGGUCAGGCAGCUAUUUCGCUUUAGGGGUGACACUUGGAAAAUUUUAACUGAUGCAACUGAUUGUAAUAGGUCACAUUUAUAUUGCGAUAGUAUUUCGAUAGUUUUCAGAAAUAUCUGUUUCGGUCAUACAAUACAGGUAGUCUAUGGAGCACAGAGCCAAGUGGUAUUUAAUUAACUUAAUGAGUUUUUUCAUGAACACGGGAACAUUGCAGUAGAGUUUAAACAAUCUUUGGUAAAACCAAAUAAAAAGUUGAACAAGCACUCUGACUUAAACAGUCAAACUGUUGUCGCCAAAGCUGUCCAAGAAUCAACAAGCUAAAACAUUCUAGGUACAAUAGGACAGUAGAUUGUUUUUAGUUUCUUUUUUACCGUUAUUGUGACCUUCAGAAUCAAAGAUGGGUGAAAAAAGGCUUCUAUAUUUUCCAAAGAAGUUAAAAUGUUAGAAGUAGAAACUAUUCAAACAAUCCAUAGUUCGCUCACUAUCGUGAUUGUUAUCGAUGUUUCAUUUUUAAUAUCGAUCCACCGCUAUUGCAGCGUUAAUAUCGCGAUUAAUCGAUAGUUCGUUGUAUUGUUACAGCCUUACAUUUCUUCUCCCACAAAGGGAUCCCGUAAAUUUAAUAGCCCAAAAAUGGACGGGCCAUUAUGUCCGCAAAAAAAAAGAAGACAAGUACCCGUACUUGCAGUAUGUACCGACCUGAAACUCGCCCAGUAAAGGGGCUUAUAUAUAUUAGGCAACUGCGUGUUCAUCAUCACGAACAUCCUCAUUUGUUUUCUAUAUUUGCUGAACAUAUUGCGAACCACUGGUUACCUUCCUUUCGAAGGACAUUCAUCCUAAAGAAACAUCAGACUCUGGGGGACGUGAACGCAUAAAAAGAAAAAGAGAGAAAAAGGAGCUACAGUGCGCUUGCGCAGGUACAAAAAAAGUUAAGGGGGGCCGAUGAAAUGUUUUUAACAUAACAUUUCCAAACAAAGAAGUAAGAACCCAUCGAAUGUGAGAGUGGUAAGACAAUUUUGGACAGGGCUUAUAGAUAUGCUGGAACCAAUGAGAGGUUUAGGGUUCCAAGGAUUCGGUACCUUUGCAUCAUCGAAUCCCAACAGACUUUCAAAAACAACUAACUCUUACUGCUGCUUACUUACUUAUUGAAUCAGGGCUUUGUCGUAAUUUUGAGAUAAUUUUUCAAUUAGGCUAUUUUCGAGUUGCCAUAAGCCUCUGUUUAAAAGCGAGGCUAAAUGCGAAGUUUAUUCCCGUGCAAAUAGAACUCAUUCUCAUUUUUACCAGAAAGGUUUUGCACUUAGCCUCGUUUUGAACGGUUGAGUUUUUAAAACUCGGAAAUGGUCCUAUUGUGUUUCAGAGAAUUUGUAUAGUUUGUAUAGUUUGUUUAUGACAAUGACCUCGAGUCCCGUGUGUUCGCCCUUAUACCUUGUCUCUUAACUUCCUGAACUAUUACAUUCCUUUACAAGUAGAUAAAACGGGUUACAUUCAAGACUCUUUUUGUAACUUCUCCAUGUAAUUUUUCAGUCAUAGAUGAACUAUGUAUUUUAUCCCGUCAGUUGCUCAGACGGUUCAGUUCUAACAUUAUUUUCAGUUUGUAGGUGAAACUCCUAAGUGAUUGUUCACACGCAAGAUAUACUAGUAUCCCGGCGACUGACUGACACCGAAAAAAAAACUCCUCUAAAAUUCGGUUAACCCUAAUCAAAGACCCUCCACUUACUGGAAAACGAGGGACAGCUCAGCUAAUCGGGACGGGUUAGGGUUUGGGUUAACAUCUGCCUGCCACACUUGCGCCUCCCUGAAGUCGUUUCCAAGCUCCUUGGUCAAGCAGUCGUCUGACGAUCCCCCCAGAGGGCGUAGGCGUCUCCUUUGCUGCUGACGUGAUCAAACGCUACCGUCAGCUGAUCCUAGUGCUGCGAGAAUGCACCACGUCCUUCACUGCUUCCUGCUUGGUACAUGACGAGAAACACGAUACCCUCUGUGACGCCCUCACACAACUAGUUGUCAGUCUCCACCCACUUGACCGCCCAAGAGCAAUUAUACGUGUAGAUCUCUCCCAUGGCUUUCAGUCCAUGGCCAACAACGACUCUCUCAACCACCUGAACGUCAAAAUCGAUGUCGGUCGCGUUAAGAACAAAAACAAGUACCCAGUCGCUGAGACGGCUGUCCAUGAACUUGAGGAAAAACUCAUCGGACAAGAGCCCGUUGGCAGACCAGUAAGUCAGCAGUUGGCCUUGCUUUCGCCACCGCCUGUCCUAACUCCCGUCUUCGGCUUCCUGGCUUAUCAUCUCGCGAGUUGUAGACUCAACGCAAUCAGUUCACCCACGAACAGUUGCCGUUGUCUGAUUACGACCUCAUACUUGGUAAACACAAGCAACCUUCCACUAACCAUGCCUCCAGUGAGAAGUCUAGUGAAGCACGCCUUCACUACACGUUGGCGACAUUGUGUACCUCAUUUCCGAUAA